AUGGAAAGUCCUGAUUCACAUCGCAGCUCAAUCUGCAGUGAUUCUUCCUACAUGCCAAGCGGUACUCCUUCUAUGUCAAAUUCUCACUCUUUUGCAAGUGAUGCUAUGAGUUCUGAUGGAAGUCGCCCGAACUCAGGCUUUCACCUCAAUAAAAUCAUCAAUUCUGCAGAAGUCCAACGAGCCCUAGCUAAGCUGGCAAAUCUUCGCGACAAAUACGAGCACGAGCGCAUUGCAACCUCUUCAGAAUACGCAUCUGUGCAGCUUCUCCAUUCCCAAGUCAAUACAAAACUUCAGCAGUACAAUAAAAAAAAGCUGUCUUAUAAGAAAGAAAUUGAAUUACUAACUCCCCCCCCUCCGUGAAUGAAAAACACCAUUAGAAAAUCCCUAUUUUUUGCCCAAAAACCCACCCUCCAUGAGUGAACAAAAAUUUUUUUUAAUAGAAAUUUUUUUUUAUGAAAAAAGAAAUUGAUAUAUAAGUGAUAAUUAGUAUAAUGAAAUCUCGAGCUAAUUCUGUUUAAUUUUAAACGAAUUGCGUUUUAAAAAAUAAAUUUAAUAAAUUAAAUCAAUAUUUGCUUUCCAAUUUUUUGCAAAUUAGGAUGUUUUUUAAAAAUUCGAAAAAAAAAAAUUUUCUAUAAAAUUUCUAUAUAAAUUUUUUAAAAAAAAAAAAAUUAACCUCCCUCCGUGAGUGAACAAAAUUUUUUUGUUCACUCACGGAGGGGGGGGGGAGUAAACACUGAAAAUGCUGAGCUGGAAACUGAAACUGAAGCCUUAUUAGCUGAAAUUGAAAAAAUUGAGCUGGAAAUCCAAUAUAAUUCGAUAAAAAAACAAUCAAUAAAAGAAGAAAUAAGAGACAUGCUGUCAUCCUCAGAUAGAAAAGAAAUUGAAAAAUUAAAAGAUGAUAUAAAAAACUUAGAAAUGCAGAUAAAAGAAUUAGAAACUUCAGAUAGCCUGGUAGCUCCUAAUGAUUCAAUUGCAGAACUGAAUUUAGCAGAAGAGGAGCAGCUAAAAUCAACAAUUUCUCAGCUAAAAAAUCAAAUAGAUGAAGCUAGCCAGGAGCAAAAAAUAUUAUCAAGAAAAAUUGAAGAAUCAAAGGCCAAAGAAGAAAUUUUAAAUGCGAAACUUUCGGUACUGACGUCCCAGGUUCUUGGAAACCGACCAAGUUUAAUGAAAUAA